AUGGAUCCGACUGGAUAUUGGCAUACCUUCUACUGCAGCAAGAGCAAGCAAAAGUGUCAAAGAGACAAGAAGGGAAUGGGAUGGUUCAAACUCAAGCCCUGCCUGAGAAGCCUGGCCUCCAGUGUAUCUCCCCAUCACGCGAGUUAUACCGGUUUCGAUCAGCUGGUCGGACAUGCAACGGGAAGAGUUCGGCGAUAUGCUACGUGGACGGCUUCGAAAGUUGUGGAAGUCUGGGCCAAGGAUCAUGACCGCAUUUGGGGCCAUAUAAGUGGCCUUCGAAUCACCUACCCCAAUGGAAAAGCCUCCAGGGUACUCGGUUCUACCACCCAUGAUUACCACUGCCUCAAACUCGAGAAAGGCGAAAGGAUUACAUCUUGGGUGGUCAACUGGGCUAAACCAAACAAGGAAUACCGGCUCAUUCAUAUCAAGACAAAGAAGCCCAAUGCACCAGAUGGCAACCCACGCGGAGGCCAGGACUUUCGAGUCGGUGUGGCCUCGAACCAUAAAGGAGAAUGGGUCGGUUACAGUGGGUUGCUUCGGGGAGUCAAUGUCACCGUCUGGAAAGAUCCCACCAAAUCCGAUGAUGAUCGUUGGGCUGUCGUCCAUCCAAUCUUCAUCACUGAUAUCUCAAGAGUCACGAGGAAGCUAGUCAUCAGGGAAAUGCCUGACCAGAGCUCAAUCAAUCCGGUUGGGUUUGAUUCUUCACAAAUAGACAAUCGAGGCAGCGAUACCGAGGAGAUCAGGACCAUUUCCCGGACGAAGUCGACCACAAAUACAACCACAUUCACUGAUUCCUGGACGGAGAAUGUUGAGGUCCAAAGCGAAACGGAAUUUGACAUCCUCGAGUUGGUCCAUGAGACCAUUACAGUAAAAUUCGGCGCGAGUCACCAGAGUACCAAAAGCCAUGAGUAUACUGAGGAGAUAACACUGACAUGGCAAGACACCAUCACUAUUCCACCCGGGAAAUACUAUACAGUGGACCUGUCAUACUAUGAAGCAAAAGUGAUAGCAAAAUACGAUGAUCACAUUAUAAUCUUCCUCCAGAACGGAGACAAGAUUGAGUGGAACGAGGGGCCUACUGAAGCAGAGGUAAACACGGCAAAUCUAUCAACUAUCGUUGUUUGUGAAAUUGGCGAAGACGGUCAGAAGCAUAGGCCGAAUCCUAUUCCCGGCGAUCCAAAGGAUCGGGGGAACUGA